UACAUUCCGCCGAUGGCUCAUAGUGGUGUAGAGACCACAUAAAUACCGUAGCAGUGACAAUACUCUCAAACUGGACUGUCAAAAACAGUUUUUCUACAUCUCGACACCGAUCAGCGAAACAUUACAGUAAUGGCGACACUGGUUGGAGGUCCAUCCGUGGUGAAGCAAGCCACUGCUGAGGUGCAGAAGAUCUGCGAUGAGGUCAAACAUCAUGCAGAAGAGAAGACAGGGAAGAAGUUUGCCGUUUUCAUUGCCAAAUCUUUUACCGUACAGGUUGUGGCCGGAACCAACUACUUCAUCAAGGUAAAUGUUGGAAGAGAUGAAUUUGUGCAUCUGAAGGUUCAUAAGCCGCUUCCUCACGCUGGAGAAAAACUCCAGCUGCACGGGAUCCAGACGUCCAAAUCUCAACAUGAUCCUAUUGAAUACUUCUAAUACAUAGACACAGAGAUAAUAAAACACCAUACUGUAUACAUAAUAGGCUGAUAUAUGGGAUAUAAUCAACUAAUGCAGAUAUAAAAGCUUUAUUCAGUGCUACACCAUUAAAACAUCUCCAGUCCAGUGCCUACUGUAUGUAGAAGAGUUUUAUUACAAACACAUCUUUGUUUACUUUCACAAACACUGUAUUGUGGUGAAAUUAUUGCAGACCGGUUUGAAUCAUCAUUCCAAAGGUUUUAUAAAAGAUUAUGCUUCUUCUAACCUAAAGGGCAAUAAAUUUCUUAUUUUAAA